AUGAUUGCUUCGAGUUUCCGUCAUGCAGGCGCGCCGUCGCUGGCUCUUCAUCUCACUAAACCCAAGACCACGCCCAUCUUCGACUUUGUCCUCGUGCGCCCUUGGGAUGAGGGACAGACAGAGGAGGAAAAUAGCCGAGAAACAGAGAAGGAGAAGGCACGGCGACGCACCCUCAACUCCAGCAUGGUACAAGAGGCCCUGUAUGAUUUCACAAAUGACCCAGAGGUUGUCUAUAACAUGGAUGCCCUGAAGCAGAAAGCCAUCAAGCGACGCAAGGAGCUUGAAGCUUAUGAGGAAGAUAACUUUAUAAGAAAGUCCCUGACAAAGCGAGAACGGGCCGCCAUGAGUGAGAUAACCACCGCGGGCACAAUGGGGUCGGAGAUCCUUGGUUUCAACAGCCUCGAUGCCCUGUACGAUGGGUAUGAGCCAAAGGGACCGCAAGCCAAGAAGAGGAAGACGGGGAAGAGUCCGAAGGGUAAAGGCAAAGGGAAAAAAGGUGGCAAGAAAAGAAAACAUUAGAUUCCAAAAGGUUUUUAUAUUUGAUAUUGUUGUUGCAUAUGUGAAGUGUAAAGUCCACAUAAAUAUUAUUUGAAUUAA